CUAGACAAAAUCUGAAAUGGUGCGAUACACCACUGUGCUCCUUCAGAGACUCAUGCUUGCUGAUGAUGAGAAGUAAAAACUUAAUCUUAAUAAGGCAUAUGUUUUGUAGAAAUUGGAAAUAUCUUGGUCACUACUAGUGAAUGGGUUCAGUAUUGCUGAAAGCACAAAUAGAGAGUUUUGAAAUAAUUGCUUCAUUGGCACCAACUACGAGUUUGAGGAGUAUAUCUACUGGAAAAAAUGGGUCGAUCUAACUCUAGAUCACAUUCUUCAAGAUCAAAGUCCAGAUCUCAGUCCAGCUCUAGGUCAAGAUCCAGAUCACAUUCGAGAAAAAAGAGAUACAGUUCCAGGUCUCGGUCAAGGACAUACUCACGAUCUCGCAGCAGGGAUCGUGUUUAUUCUAGAGAUUAUCGCAGAGAUUACAGGAAUAAUAGAGGAAUGAGACGUCCCUAUGGUUACAGAGGAAGAGGUAGAGGAUAUUAUCAAGGAGGAGGUGGUAGAUACCAUCGUGGAGGUUAUAGGCCCGUCUGGAACCGAAGACACUCCAGAAGCCCCAGGCGUGGCCGAUCACGUUCCAGAAGUCCAAAACGAAGGUCUGUGUCUUCCCAGAGGUCCCGGAGCAGAUCUCGUCGAUCUUACAGAUCUUCCAGGUCCCCGAGGUCCUCUUCGUCUCGUUCUUCAUCCCCAUACAGCAAAUCCCCUGUCUCUUCCAAAAGACGUGCGUCUCUGGAAAAGCAGGCAAAGAAAACUGAAGGGGCUCCUUUGCAAGACAGCCCCUUGAAAAAUAAAUCACAAGAUGAACAGAAAGAUACAUUUGAACAUGACCCAUCAGAGUCUCUUGACGAUUUUAACAAAUCAUCAGCAGCUUCUGGCGACAUUUGGCCUGGCCUUUCAGCAUAUGAUAACAGUCCAAGGUCACCCCAUAGUCCUUCUAUUGCCACCCCACCUAGUCAGAGUUCUUCUUGCUCUGAUGCCCCUUUGCUUAGCACAGCUCACUCAGCAAAGGACACACCUCAACAUUCCCAUUCCAUUCAGCAUAGUCCUGAGAGGUCUGGCUCUGGUUCUCUUGGAAAUGGUUCUAGCCGUUAUAGUCCUUCUCAGAAUAGCCCAUUGCAUCACCUCCCCUCGAGGAGAAGCCCUCCAAAGACAAUCCCAUCACAGAGCGCCCCCCGCGAGGAGACUCGAGUGCGGUCGUUUUAUCCUGAGGGUGGCGAACAGGAGACUGCAAAAGGGGGAAAGUUUAUGAAAAGGUACACAGAUGAAGAGUCUAGAGUAUACCUGCUUGAUAGGGGUAAUACCAGGGAGAAGGAGGCCCAGAAGGAGAGAGGAUCAGAGAAAGGGAGGACAGAGGGAGAAAGGGAAUGGGAGGAACAGGAAACUUUAGAUUUUUUCAUUGAUAAAGAGACUGGGAAAGAAAAGUUUAAUGACUCUGAAGGGGAGGACACAGAGGAGACAGAGGAUUACAGACAGUUCAGAAAGUCUGUCCUGGCAGAUCAGGGUAAAAACUUUCCUACUGCAUCUCACCGGAAUGCUGAGGAGGAAGGAACCAAAUACAAAUCUAAAGUAUCAAUCAAGGGCAAUAGAGAGAGCGAUGGAUUUAGAGAUGAGAAAAGUUAUAAGCUUAAAGAGACUGGCUAUGUAGUGGAAAGGCCUAGUGCAACAAAAGAUAAGCACAAGGAAGAAGACAAGAGUUCUGAGAGACUAAUGAUGAAGAAAGAAACUCAGUCACCUGAGCAGGUAAAGUCUGAAAAGCUCAAAGAACUCUUUGAUUACAGUCCCCCUCUACACAAGAAUCUGGAUGCGAGAGAAAAAUCCACCUUCAGAGAGGAGAGCCCACUUAGGAUCAAAAUGAUAGCCAGUGACUCCCAUCGUCCUGAAGUUAAACUCAAAAUGGCACCAGUACCUCUUGAUGAUUCCAAUAGACCUGCUUCCUUGACUAAAGACAGGCUGCUUGCUAGCACCCUUGUCCAUUCCGUCAAGAAGGAGCAAGAGUUCCGAUCCAUCUUUGACCACAUUAAGUUGCCACAGGCCAGCAAAAGCACGUCAGAGUCAUUUAUUCAGCACAUUGUGUCCUUGGUUCAUCAUGUCAAAGAGCAAUACUUCAAGUCAGCUGGAAUGACCCUAAAUGAGAGGUUCACUGCGUAUCAAAAAGCCACUGAAGAACACUGCACCCGACAAAAGAGUCCAGAAAUACAUAGGAGGAUUGACAUCUCUCCAAGUACCCUGAGGAAGCAUACCCGUUUAGCAGGUGAAGAGAGAGUCUUUAAAGAAGAAAGUCAGAAAGGAGAUAAAAAAUUAAGAUGUGAUUCUGCUGAUCUUCGACAUGACAUUGACCGACGGAGAAAAGAGCGAAGUAAAGAGCGAGGAGACUCAAAGGGUUCCAGGGAAUCCAGUGGGUCAAGAAAGCAGGAGAAAACUCCAAAAGAUUACAAGGAUUACAAAUCUUACAAAGAUGACAGUAAACAAAAAAGAGAUCAAGACCGUGCUCGGUCCUCCCCAUCUUCCUCCCCAUCUUCUUCCUCAUCCAGUUCUCGAGAAGAAAAGGAUUGCAAGAAAGAAAGAGAUGAAGAGUUCAAAACCCACCAUGAGCAGAAGGAAUACUCUGGUUUUGCAGGAGUCAACAGGCCAAGAGGCACCUUUUUUCGAAUUAGGGGCAGAGGAAGAGCCAGAGGAGUCUUUGCUGGAACAAAUACUGGUCCCAGCAACUCAAAUACUACUUUUCAGAAGAGACCGAAGGAAGAGGAAUGGGAUCCUGAAUAUACCCCAAAAAGCAAGAAAUACUUCUUGCAUGAUGACAGAGACGAUGGUGUGGAUUAUUGGGCCAAAAGAGGAAGAGGCCGCGGUACUUUCCAGCGUGGCAGGGGCCGUUUUAACUUCAAAAAGUCAGGUAGCAGUCCAAAGUGGACACAUGACAAGUACCAAGGGGAUGGAAUUGUGGAAGAUGAAGAAGAAACGAUUGAGAAUAAUGAAGAAAAGGACAGACGCAAAGAGGAAAAGGAAUAACCCUGGAAGGAAGUUGUAGCUGAAAGAGCAGCUCUUGCACCACCCACACAACAUUUUUAAUAUGUUUUUUUUGUUGUCAAAUGAAUGUAAGCAUUUUACUUAAAUUUUACUGUUGGAAAGUAGUUUAGAGGAAUUGUUUUUGUUUCAAGCCUUUAGAAAAAAUUCUUGAUAUAGUAAACUAUGUUAAUGAUCGUACAGGUAGAAAGUAAAAUAUUUGUAACAACUUUUAAGAAAUUUUACUGUUUGUUAUAUGCAGUGUAAUUCUGCUUUGUUCAAAUAUAUCGUCAAGUACAACUCUAAAA